CCUCUAAGCCGAAGUCGUGACAGAGGAAGAAGAUCUGCUGCUUGUGCAAAAAAAAAAAAAAAAAAAAAAACCUUAUCUUGCAAUGGCUUCUUCAACUUUCGUCUCUCUUCCAAAACCCUUCUUUGCUUUUUCAGUUAAAACCAGUACUCUUCCCCUAGCUAACCAUAAGCUUCUCGGAACUCGAAGAGGUUGUCUGAGAGUCAAAGCGAUUUCCACUAAAUGGGAACCGACAAAGGUUGUUCCUCAAGCAGACAGAGUUCUUGUUCGCCUUGAAGAGCUUGCUCAGACAACCUCAGGUGGAGUGUUGUUGCCUAAAGCAGCUGUUAAGUUUGAGAGAUACUUAACCGGAGAGGUUGUCUCUGUUGGUUCUGAGGUUGGACAACAAGUUGGCCCUGGGAAGAAGGUUCUGUUCUCUGACGUGAGGGCUUAUGAGGUGGAUUUGGGGACGGGUGCUAGGCAUUGCUUUUGUAAAGAGAGCGACUUGUUGGCUCUCGUGGAGUGAGUGAGUGUGACCUUGUCCGAGAAGAUACAAUUACGUCUAGUGUUUGUUUCUUCAAGAUUUUUAGUUUGUUUCCUGUAAUUCUCAGACAGCAGCAUAUCUUUGUUUUUCAAUUUAAUAUCAUUUUGAAGACAAUCAA